AAUAUACUAGUUGAAAAUGAUGUAAAGAUGGACAAAGAUGGUCUCACUGAUCUCUAUAUUCAACAUGCCAUUCCCCUGCCUCAACGUGAUUUACCAAAAAGUAGAUGGGGGAAAAUCAUGGAACAGAAAAGGCAGCAAAAUGAGUUGAAAAGUGAGAAUAAAAGUGUUACAACAGUGGAAGGUUUAAGGAAACGGCCGUUAAUUGUAUUUGAUGGCAAUUCAACAAGUACAAGCAUAAAGGUGAAGAAGACGGAGAAUGGAGCUGCUGAUCACCUAAAACCUCCUCCAACUGGAAGCACCGCCAACACUGUUAGAAGAUUAUCAGUUCCUUCAAAUGCCUCAACAUACAUUUCAGCAUGCAGUUUAUCAAAGGACACUAAGCUGGGAAUGAAGAAUAAUGAGGCUAAGCAGAACAAUAUUUCAAAGACUAACAGCAGUGUGUUGGCUAGUCUGAAGGUGUACCCUUUGUCUCCAGUAGCAGGAACUACUGUUGUGAAGUUAAAGAGAGCUGUUCCAAAAGAAGAAUCUGAUUUGCCGAAUGACCUAAAGCCUACAGAAGCAAAGAAGAAAAUCCAGCAUGUUACGUGGCCAUGAAGUAGCUAAUGGUGCUUGAAACAUAAAUAUUACUUCCAUAUUUUCAAACAGAUAAGUCAUAUAUUUAAACAGUUUAAGUACAAUUCUUUUUAAACCUUACAGGGAUUCAGAUUGCUGUGGAGUUUUAACAAGUUUAAAGGUUCACUGUUGUAAAGCUGGAGUCAUUAUCACCAGUCACCUUAAGAGUGUCUACUCUUGUAUACCAAGUAGUUUAUUAGUUCUUGAAAAGGUGGCAAUAUUACGAUAUACUAAACUCCUCACUUUAGUUUUCAAGAUUAUUACAGUUCAUCUCCUGCAUGUCACUAUCAUUCACACACAUA